AUGGUAUCAGAGCACCGCAAUAUGAGCUAUGUGGCGGUCCUCUCGGCGGAUGCAGAAUCCAACGGAGCUCCGUCAAUAGAGCGUCCUCCAUCAAUGUCGCUUCCGCAGCGAAGUGCGAGUGCAAGUUCGGAAGACUAUGAAAAUCCGUUGUUUCUGCAUGUGAGUGAGAAUCCGAAUAAAGUGCUUGUAUCUCCUUCAUUGACCGCGUCUAAUUACAGCUCAUGGAGUCGAUCGAUGAGAAUAGCCCUAGAAGUUAAGAACAAAUGGGGAAUAAUUGACGGCUCCAUUUCCGUUCCAGAUGUUGGACACCCUGAAUAUGGAGCUUGGAGGAGAUGCAACAUGAUCGUGAGUUCCUGGCUAUUAAAAUCAGUUAGUCCUUCAAUUGCUCAGAGUGUUAUCUAUUUUGAAAAGGCAAAGGACAUAUGGGAGGACUUAAGAAAGAGGUUCUCUCAAGCAGAUCCACACAGAAUCUCAGAACUCCAGGAUGAAAUCUACAAUAAUAAACAGGGAAUUUUGAGUGUUACUGACUACUACACAAGGUGCAAAACAUUGUGGGAAGAAAUGAGUGCAUUACGCCCGCUACCUGUUUGUGAAUGCACUCCUAGAUGUUCAUGUGAGCUUGUGAAGAAAAUCAUAAAGGAACGUGAUGAUGAUCAGGUAAUCCGUUUUUUGAAGGGACUAAAUGAUGAUUUUACUAGUAUUAAAUCAGGAGUUUUAGUUCUAGAUCCUAUGCCAGAUGUCUAUAAAGUGUUUGGAAUGGCACUCAAACUAGAAAGACAAAUCAGUGGCACAAAUAUUGGAUGCAGUGGGAAUGAUAUAAUGCAAGCUAAUGCCAGUCAAGGUAGCCUCACAGAACAAAUGAAUGAAGAAGUUGUGGCUGUUGUUUCUGGUUCAAAUAAUGCAAGUAAUUUCAAUAACAAAAAAAGGUUCAACACUAACAGUGGAAACAAGUCUGCAGCAAAAUGCACAUUUUGUGGAAUGAACGGUCACACCAUAGACAAAUGUUACAAAAAGCACGGAUACCCCCCGGGAUGGAUUGCAGGCUAUAAGUCCAAAGGAAAACAAGCACAAGUUCAAGGACAAGUAAAUCAGUUAGCAGUCUCUGCAAAUGCAAAUCAAAUUGGAGAUAUUGGAAUAUCAAAUGAGCAACUCCAGAAAUUGAUCACACUUAUCCAGACACAGAUUGGACAGGGUUCAUCCACUGCCGCAACAGUUUCACUUGGUAUUCCUACUCCAACUUUGGUUCCAGAUUUUAAAGCUGUGGCAGAGAAUCCACCCGAAGGCAAGUUUACUUCUAUAGCUCACAUUAAUUCUAUUUUGAGAUGUUCUGCCACAUGGAUAUUAGACACAGGUGCAACAGAUCAUAUUACAUGCUCUUUGGAAUUUUUUGAUGAAUAUAGUGCUGUUCAGGGAACUGUGGUUAACUUGCCAAACGGGGAGACUGUUAAAGUCUCACAUAUUGGAAACAUUAAACUAUCUGAGAACUUAUGGUUAAAGAAUGUUUUGUGCAUCCCCAGUUUUACUUUCAAUAUUGUGUCAGCCAGUAAAUUAGCCAAACAUUCAAAUUGUAGCUUACUCGUGAUGGCAAAUGAAUGUUUGAUACAGGAUGUUCAUGGGAUGAUGACUGGUUUUGCUAAGGAAGAGAAUGGGUUGUAUCUUCUGACAGAGCCUCCAGCAAAGAAAAUUUCUUCUUUCAGUUGUUUUGAGUUGAUACAUUUGGAUAUUUGGGGUCCCUUUCCAGUUUGUUCAUUGCAGGGACAACACUAUUUCCUUACAAUAGUGGAUGACUACAGUAGGUUCACAUGGCUACAUUUGAUGAGGCAUAAGUCAGAGGCAAGGCCUUUGAUCAAAGCAUUUUACAACUAUGUAGUAACUCAGUUUUCUACUAAAAUCAAGGUCAUAAGAAGCGAUAAUGGGGCUGAGUUUAAUAUGACUGAGUUUUAUGCAGAAAAGGGCAUUUUACAUCAAAAGUCAUGUGUUAACACCCCACAACAGAAUGCAAUUGCAGAGAGGAAGCAUCAACAUGUGCUAAAUGUAGCUAGGGCCUUAAGAUUUCAAGCAGCUCUCCCCUUGCAGUUUUGGGGGCAUUGUGUUCUACAUGCAACUUAUUUGAUAAACAGGUUACCCUCUCAAGUGAUCAACUGGCAAACUCCUUUUGAGAAGUUAUAUGGAGUUUCCCUUCAAGACAAAUGA